GCUCACAUGAUUCCUGUGUAAAGUCUGACCUGGGAAAUGUAAAACRCAAAAAUUAUCAACAAAAAAGUUCGUUUUUUGUUAUUUUAUUAUGGCCAAGUGUUCUAGAUACAUGGCYCGAGUUCUCAGAGUAGUUGGCUUCGUGCUGUUUGUCCAAGUCGCCUUGUCUUGUGCCUCUAUACCUGACGAACAUGAUGGACUUCUUGGGAGAUUUCUUUUGGCUUCACAAGAAAAAGUUGAUGAGAUUGGUAAAGCUUCACUAGAUCCGUCCGUUUCUAGUGUUUUCCCUGUAGCUGAUAAAAAGGAUGAACGUCCGUCGAUAAAGGGUCAAAAUGAUGCAUCUGGCAAAGYAAACACAGGCUUCUUAUCUGCUUCCCUUGAUUUUGUACAUGGUUUUAUUGCAGCAAUUUCUGUGAUCAUAGUGUCUGAACUUGGAGACAAAACAUUCUUUAUAGCUGCAAUAAUGUCCAUGAGGCAUUCCAGAUUAGUUGUGUUCAGUGGUGCAAUGUUGGCACUUGGUCUAAUGACAAUCUUAUCUGCCGUUCUGGGUUACGCUACUACUGUGAUUCCAAGAAAAUAUACACUAUACAUAUCCAGUGCUCUUUUUCUGUUUUUYGGUCUAAAAAUGCUAAAGGAAGGCUUUGAAAUGGAUCCUAAUGAAGGGCAAGAAGAGCUUGAAGAGGUUCAAGCUGAAUUGAAGAAAAAAGAUGAAGAGCUAUCAGAAGAAGAAAAGAUAACCCAAGAUCCAGAGACUGGGAUAAUWAGAGGAGGAAAAAAGCACAGAUUUAUAUCACCAAUAUUCUUACAAGCAUUAACUUUGACAUUUUUAGCUGAGUGGGGUGACCGGUCACAACUGGCAACAAUAUUAUUAGGCUCUAGAGAGAAUGUUAUAGGAGUCAUCAUAGGGGGCACCAUUGGACAUGGGCUGUGUACUGGMCUUGCAGUUAUAGGAGGUAGAAUUAUUGCACAAAAAAUAUCUGUAAAAACAGUCACAAUACUAGGAGGAAUUGUAUUUUUAGUAUUUGCUGUAUCUGCAUUCUUAAUUGAUACCUGAAUUAUGAGAUUUUGAUAAUUAUACAAUAAUGUAAUAAUAUAUAAAUAGACGUGUAUUAUUAUAUAAUAUUUGCAGCUAUUUGCAAUGAUUCUCCUCCCAUGCGCAAUGUUUGAAUUUUCAUGUAUUUCAUCAAAGUGGCCUUAGAAAUUAUGGGAUACCAUUACUGUUAUUGAUAACUCAAUUUGAUAGAGUGCACGCCAAAAAGCAUGAAACAAUUCUUAACUAUCAACAUCUAAUAAGAUUUAGUUAUCAACUAACUAAGAAUUCACUGGRGCAUGAACACAAUGCCAGAAAGGAAACUUGUCUUUGUUUAUGCCUCACUAAAUUCUUAGUUAGUUGAUAACUAAAUCUUAUUAGAUGCUAAUUACUUAAGAAUUGUUUCAUGCUUAUGUGCCGUUCACUYUAUGUUUCAAAUAAGGCAGAGGGGAUACAAAUUAUUGCAAAUUACUGUACUGCAAAUGGAUAGAGUGGGAUGAUUACAUCUGUAUAUGCAUUGUAGCAUGUGGGGCAUUGAUGAUAAACAGUUAUCKCACAUCAAUAUGUUGUACAUUGUACUUGAUUAUAAAAAUCAUGUUUUAGAAAUGUUCAUUAUUAAAGUCAAAGCAGAGAAAAGCAAGAAUAGAAGCAUCAAUUGAAUUAAGCAAUUUAUUAUAUUUUUAUUCUGAAAUGUUUCAUCAAUGUUAAAAAAAUAGAAAUAAUGUUGUAAUGCCAUAAAAUGCAAAUGAGCUGAUUUAAAUUAGUGGACUAAUAAUAUUGGUAAAGAGGAGUUCUUUUGCCCUGGCAAUUGUUUUUGUAUAUAAAAUUGGUUACUACACAUAUUGUAUAAAUGUACUUCUAUCUGUCAUUAAAGUAAAAGUGAUGUCAAAAAGG